CUUUAGAGUCAUUUGUAUUGUAUUGAUUGUAUUAUUUUUAGCUUUUAAGAAUUCAGAAUGCCGGAUCAUUUAGGCUCUGAUCAGAGAAAGGUUAAAGAUGAAAAGACAGACGAGAAACCAAUACAAGCUCUUGAUGAGGGAGAUAUUGCCCUGUUGAAGACAUAUGGGGUAGGACAGUACACCAAGACUAUCAAACAAUGUGAAGAAGACAUCCAGAAUAAUCUCAAAAAAGUCAAUGAACUGUCAGGUAUUAAAGAAUCUGAUACAGGUUUAGCUCCACCUGCUUUAUGGGAUUUAGCUGCUGACAAACAGACUUUACAAAGUGAACAGCCAUUACAAGUCGCAAGAUGUACCAAGAUCAUUAAUGCUGAUUCUGAUGAUCCCAAAUAUAUCAUUAAUGUGAAACAGUUUGCGAAGUUUGUUGUUGAUUUAGGAGAUCAAGUAGCUCCAACUGAUAUUGAAGAAGGCAUGAGAGUUGGAGUUGAUAGAAAUAAAUACCAAAUACAUAUUCCUCUACCACCUAAAAUAGACCCUUCUGUCACCAUGAUGCAGGUGGAGGAAAAACCAGAUGUAACAUAUAGUGAUGUUGGUGGUUGUAAGGAACAAAUUGACAAACUACGUGAAGUUGUAGAAGUUCCAUUGUUACAUCCAGAGAAGUUUGUAAAUCUUGGUAUUGAACCACCUAAAGGUGUGUUAUUAUUUGGACCACCUGGUACAGGAAAGACUUUAUGUGCUCGUGCUGUGGCUAAUAGAACAGAUGCAUGUUUUAUCAGAGUUAUUGGUUCAGAAUUGGUACAGAAAUAUGUAGGGGAAGGAGCCAGAAUGGUACGAGAACUAUUUGAAAUGGCCAGAGCAAAAAAAGCUUGUAUUAUAUUUUUUGAUGAAAUUGAUGCUAUUGGAGGAGCUAGAUUUGAUGAUGGUGCAGGUGGUGACAAUGAAGUGCAAAGAACUAUGUUAGAAUUGAUUAAUCAGUUAGAUGGCUUUGAUCCCCGUGGUAAUAUUAAGGUUCUCAUGGCAACCAACAGACCUGAUACAUUGGAUCCAGCUCUAAUGAGACCUGGUAGAUUAGAUAGAAAAAUUGAAUUUGGUUUACCUGAUUUAGAGGGAAGAUCUCAUAUAUUUAAAAUUCAUGCUAGAUCUAUGAGUGUAGAAAAAGAUAUUCGUUAUGAAUUGAUGGCUCGACUUUGUCCAAAUAGUACUGGUGCUGAGAUAAGAAGUGUUUGUACAGAGGCUGGUAUGUUUGCUAUUAGAGCUAGAAGAAAGAUGGCAACAGAGAAAGAUUUCCUGGAAGCUGUCAAUAAAGUCAUCAAAGCUUAUGCUAAAUUUAGUUCAACACCAAGAUACAUGACAUAUAAUUAGAUAUUUCAUCAUACAAUAUCUUCAAUCAUUGUCACUGUUUUGUUAUUUAAUCUUGUAAAUAAAACUACAAUUUCAUCAUUUU